AUGUCAAAUAGUGCUGACAGAAAGAUACUAGCGCUCCAUGGAUUUGCACAGUCCGAUGCAAUCUUCUGCUCGAAGACUGGCGGUCUUCGCAAGGAGUUGAUUAAACUCGGCUACGAGGUGUGCUAUCCAUGCGGACCGGUAAAACUUAAGCGCAGUGAUGCCAAUUCUUUUCAAGCAGAAACGCCACCAGUGCAAGACAUAGACGUCUACGGGUGGUAUAACGCAAAAGAACAGAACUACUCUAUUGAGACUGCACUUGAAAGCCUGCGUGACUACAUAAUCAAAAAUGGGCCUUUCGUCGGCAUACUUGGCUUCAGCCAAGGCUGUGCGCUUGGGGGAUAUCUGUGUACCGGCAUUAGGGAUAUAUUAGGCUUGACCGAGGAACAACAGCCAGAUCUGGAGUUUUUUAUCGGCUUCUCAGGGUACCGCCUGCCGCCCAAAGAGCUUUACGACAGAUUUGACCAACACCCGCCGACGAUACCAUCGCUCCAUAUAAUGGGGGAACUGGAUACGGUUACGGAGGAAUCUCGUGUCCAGGAGCUCUACGAUUGUUUCCCGAUCGAAUCGCGUACCCUCCUCAAACACGCGGGCGGCCACUUUGUUCCAAACUCGAAGUCCUUUGUAGCCAAGGUAGCCACAUGGAUUAGAGCUUUAAACUAUUUGUCUAGUGCCUCCAUUCCACCAACGCCGAACCCACCACAAAGCGCGGAGGAAACACCUGCGCUCGAGGAUGAGCUUAUGGACAUCAUAGACAGCCUCGGCACAGCCUGA